AUGUGUGCCUGCAUCUUGGGGCUAGCCCUGUUUGGGCUCUUUACAAGAUCGUAUGCUGUUCAGUUGUCGCCAGCCCCCACCGCAGCGACCAUAGUCUAUAGUUCCUUUGCAUACACCCAGAUGACCUCGGAUCGAUACGCCACACCUCUACCAUCACCCGUUACUUUCCAAAGCUCUUAUGCUCCUCCAUUCAGCAAUGUUUCCACGCUAUUGCAGGCCAACAUAACGUACACGAUCUACACUUUCGAUCGCAACAUCACUUAUAACAAUGAUGGAGUCUACGGCCAGAGCGCUUAUGUGGCCCUGUGGGACAAUUAUACAUAUUCCACCGAGGCGCCUUUCACAACAACAGUCUCUCCAACUCCGAUUCCGAGCAGCGAGCUCGUCUUCCCGCCAGUUCUACACAAUGCACCGCAAAUUGACCAGAACGCAUCUCAACUGCCCCCUGAUUUCGUAUGGGGAGUGGCAGGCAGUGCCUGGCAGAUUGAAGGCGGUCUCCAACUGGAGGGCCGUGGGCCAGGUCAGCUGGACACUAUUGGAGCAAUCGAUAACCCUACCAGCGGGAACGACUCCAAUACUGCAGAUAUGAACUACUUCCUUUACAAACAGGAUAUUGCCAGGCUGGCAGCCCUCGGGGUCCCGUAUUAUUCUUUCUCGAUUUCUUGGAGCCGUGUCGUCCCUUUUGGCCUCGCGAAUUCUCCUGUCAACACUCAGGCUCUUGAACACUAUGAGGACGUCAUCAGCACCUGUCUUGAAUACGGUGUGACGCCUAUAGUCACGCUCAUGCAUGUCGAUAACCCCGUCCUUGUGUCUUUAGAAGAUGAAACGCUUCGAGAGCAUUUCCUGUACUACGCGAAACUAGUAAUGACACGCUUUGCCGACCGCGUUCCGGUCUGGAUCACGUUCAAUGAACCCAACCUGGUGGGCUACUUCUACGGCUAUACUGCUCUACCCAAGAUUCUGCUGGCUCACGCCGAUGUCUAUCAUUGGUACAAGGAAACACUAAAGGGUACGGGCCGAAUUUCCACCAAGAUAUCCAGCACUUUGGCCCUUCCGUUGGACCCUUCAAACCCUGAUGAUGUAGAGGCGGCCAAUCGCUAUCAAGACUUCCAGCUCGGUAUCAUGUCAAACCCACUAUAUCUGGGCCAACAGUACCCAGAAAUCGUCCGCAACACCUCUGGUGUCGACCUCCCAGCUCUAACAGACGACGAGAUCGCCUAUGUCAACGGUACGUGUGACUUCUACGCACUCGACGCCUACAUCUCCCAAUUUGCCUCUCCUGCUCCGGAGGGUAUCUCAGCCUGCGCCUCCAACACGUCGGACCCUCUCUUCCCGACCUGCGCCACGCUCUCCAACACGCAGCUCAACGGCUGGACGAUGGGCGCAAGGUCUAACGCGUAUUCAUAUAUCGCGCCGCAGUACGUCCGGCAACAACUGGGCUACGUGUGGAACACCUUCCGACCUUCGGGGCUCAUGAUCACCGAGUUUGGCUUCCCCGUCUACGGCGAGUACGCGCGCGCGCUCGAGGACCAGCGCCAUGACCUGGAGCGCUCUCUGUACUAUCAGGACUUCCUGGCCGAGGUGCUUAAGAGCAUCUACGAGGAUGGAGUUAAUGUCAUAGGCUCACUUGCGUGGAGCUUCGCGGAUAACAACGAAUUCGGGAGCUAUGAGAACCAGUACGGGCUGCAGACUGUGAACCGGACGGAUGGGCUGUUGACGAGGCAUUACAAAAGGAGCAUUUUUGACUUGGUGGACUUCUUCAGUGCACAUAUCUCUGCUCCUUGA